GAGAGGAAGAGGGAGAGGAAGAGGAGGGAGGGGUAUAGGGAGAUUUAAUUAACCUUUUGGCUCCUGUCCCUAGAACCAUUUAUCUAUAUGAUUUCUUCCUUGGUCAGUGUCAAAGAUGGAAAAAUCUCUAAUCCAACCAUUAAUCGCGGUCGUAAUCUCUUUCCUAGUCGCGACUAGAGCUUACGUAAGAAAAUCUCUCGACUUGUCCGGCGCAAUCUCCGGCUUCUUCGUUAUGACAAUUCAUUUUGCCGUCGGAAGCAGGUAUGGAGCUGUGUUGCUGGUUUUCUUUUUCACUUCUUCCAAGCUUACGAAGGUCGGAGAGGACAAGAAACGACGCAUUGACGCCGAAUAUAAAGAGGGCGGUCAGAGAAAUUGGAUACAAGUUCUAUCAAAUAGCGGUAUAGCUACGGUUUUAGUUGUAACUAUUUGGGGAUUGAUUGGAUGGGAAGACAAGUGCUUGGACUCGAAAGACUCGACCGUUAUCACUGCCCUCAUUGGUGGUGUUAUAGGUCAUUAUUGCUGCUGCAAUGGGGAUACUUGGUCUUCAGAGCUUGGGGUACUUAGUGAUGACCAACCUCGAUUAAUCACUACUUUUAAGCCUGUUCGGAGGGGCACAAAUGGUGGUGUGACAAAAGCAGGACUCCUGGCAGCUAUGGCAGCCGGCAGUGUCACUGGACUGACAUUUGUACUCUUUGGAUUUCUCACCACAAAAUGUACAUAUGAUGCAGCUCUGAAGCAGUUAUUGGUUAUUCCCCUCUCUACACUGGCAGGAUUAUUUGGAAGUGUCAUAGAUUCUCUGCUAGGAGCAACACUGCAAUUCAGUGGAUUCUGUACUGUUCGUAAAAAGGUUGUUGGAAAACCAGGACCAACAGUGAAGAAAAUUUCAGGUCUUACCAUUCUUGACAACAAUGCCGUGAACUUUGUGUCGAUAAUGCUGACAUCAGUGCUUACUGCUGUUGCCUGUGUGUACAUAUUUUGAAAUCCAAUAAUGUGUACUGAAUUAUAUGAAUUUUGAGAAUGAAUAAUUCAGAUACGAAAUGUAUCCUUAAUACAAACUCAUUGAAGCUGGCAUAAUAAAAGAUGAGAUUUUCAUUUGGUUUUCUGAA